AUGGAAGAGUACGAAUGCGAAAUACAAAGUGUAAUUGGUGCGCCAGUCGAUGGUAGUCCUACACCCUCUUCUGUGCCGUCUGCUAAUAAUCCAACCACGUCCACAACAACUGGCUCGUCAACCUCCCGCGUAACUCCGUCGACGCCCGCUGCUACGUCAAUCACAACGACUACUUCUUUGGUGCCAACCAGCGCUCCCAUUACAACAACAACUGUUAAUAUGAGAGUCACUUGUCAUGCUGGUGUCACGGGCAAUUAUCCUUACCUAAGGAACUGCCGUUACUACUAUCGCUGUUCCAAUGGCUAUCACUGGCUGCAGGAUUGUGGAUUUAGUAUGUCCUUCGAUGUGAUCGAUGGAUAUUGUAAGAGCACGAAAGUGGCUAGGUGCUCAACGGAAAGUAGGCGUGAAAGUUUUUGGUAA